AUGGCCUUUGCCAUCAUGAUAGCUGCCAGGAAAUUGAAACCAUACUUUGAUGCACAUAAAGUGCAAGUGUUAACCAAUCAACCUUUAGAGAAGUCAUUGCAAAGGUUAGAUACUUCUGGUAGACUCCUGAAAUGGGCAGUGGAACUCUCGGAAUAUGACAUCGAGUACAAACCCAGAACCGCCAUAAAAGCACAGGCACUGGCAGAUUUCAUAGCAGAGGCAUCGUACGAGGAGGAGGAAGAGCCAUUGGGGACUUGGCAGAUCUCGGUAGACGGCUCCGCUGCAGUCACAGGGUCGGGUGCAGGUAUCAUAAUGGUAUCACCAGAAGGCAACGUUUUCGAAUAUGCUAUAAAAUUCAAAUUCAAAGCUUCAAAUAACGAAGCAGAGUAUGAGGCAGCAAUCGCAGGAAUCCAGAUGUGCAAAGCAGCAGAUGCUAAGAAAAUAGUGCUCAAAACCGAUUCACAGCUGGUGGCCAGCCAAUAUAGAGGUGAAUAUGAAGCCAGAGAACCGUCUAUGCAGAGGUACUUGGCCUUGAUGAAAGAAGCAGUAGCCCAGCUAGAAAGCUUUGAGAUUCAACUGGUUCCCAGGGCAGAGAACAAUCAAGCAGACGCCUUAUCCAAAUUAGCAAGUUCGACGUUACAGGACUUGGAAAGAACAGUGAUGGUAGAGGUCCAGGAAGAAAAGAGCAUUGACAAAAAGCCUGCAGUUAACUUCAUUGACACUGAGCCACAGUGGUAUGACAGUAUAGUCUCAUACAAGCUGGGAAGGGGCCUUCCCACAGCAGAGCAAGAGCAGAAAAAAGUAAAACGAAACGAGCAUUGGUUCGUCAUUUACCAGGGUAAACUGUACAAGAAAUCCUUUUCCUUGCCUCUGCUGAGAUGUGUAUCAACAGAGGAGUCGCAACGAGUCAUUGAGGAAAUACACGAGGGAAUAUGUGGAAAUCACAUAGGUGGUAGGACAUUAGCCUUGAAAGCUCUCAGAGCAGGAUACUAUUGGCCAACCAUGGUAAGUGAUUCUCAAGCAUAUGUUAAAAAGUGCGACAAGUGCCAGAAAUUCGCCCUAGUGAUCAACCAGCCCUCUAAUGACUUACAGCCAAUCAUCAACCCUAUACCAUUCGCCCAGUGGGGAAUGGAUAUUCUGGGACCAUUCACAGCAGCAAGCGGAGGAAGAAAAUUUCUGAUCGUGGCAGUUGACUAUUUUACUAAGUGGAUUGAGGCAGAGCCCACUAAAAGCAUAACAGCCAAGCGGAUGAAGGACUUCAUCUGGAAGAACAUUGUGACAAGGUUCGGCAUCCCAGAAAGUUUAGUCUUCGAUCAUGGAACACAGUUCGACUGCACUCCUAUAAAGGAUUACUGCGCUGAACUAAGAAUAAAAUUCGCAUACGCAUCUGUAUGCCAUCCCCAGAGCAAUGGUCAGGCAGAGGCAGCAAAUAAACAAAUCCUGGGAGCACUGCGAAAGAAGGUAGAAGAUUUUAAGGGUGCAUGGGCCGACCUUAUUCCAGAGAUCUUGUGGUCCAACAGGACCACUGAAAAAGAAGCAACAGGGGAAAGUCCUUACAAACUAGCUAGCUUUUGGGGCUGA